AUGAAGGUCGACAGUGUCGUUCGUCUUGUUCGCUCUGCAUUCACUUGGCUUGUUUUGAUUUUUAUUAAGCUUCUUAAUUCUUUGAAGCUAGGGGCUAUUUCCAUCUGACAGAGAUUUUGUGAGGUUUAUUAGCUCCAUAUGAUUUAGAAUUUGAUCAUGAUGUGGCUUUCUAUUGGCACAUUCACGUUUGUCUCUUACGGGGGACUACUUCCAUCAAGAUCAACCAUGGUAGGAAUGCAGCAUUUAGCGCCUCGUGGAUAGACUAGUUCCGGUCUCGUACUGUUGCAAACUGACAGAUCCAAUAGUCUAUCUAUAUUUUAUGUUCCUUGCAUGGUUUCUUUCUCAUGUUUUUUUCUGAAUUAUAUUUUGCCUUCCAUCUGUUUGUCGAUUCUGUUCUUGAUGUUAUAUGCAUGUUUCCAUUUAUUGCUUGCCAAAAUACUUUUAUUCAUUAUCUUUUUUGUUUAAUCAUUGAUGCAAUUCACAUUGCCUUUGCUCCCCUCUUGGUAUCUUAAACGGAAAAAGUCCAACAUCAAUGAUGAACUUUUCCUUUCUGUACUAUCUCUUCCUCCCUCCCUCACCUAUGCUGAAUUGUUCACAUAACCUGUGCUCCUACUGUUAGCUGGAUGCAGAUAGCAGGGGACCUGAAGAUCUCACAGAGUCAAUGGAGCAGAUGGGCAUCUCAGAAUCAUCAUCAUCAUCAUCAGGAUCUUCAUCCAUCAAUUUCAAGAAGAAACCGGUGAUCAUUAUCGUCGUGGGAAUGGCAGGCACGUUCUACGUUUUUUCCCCAUUUAUGGGCUUGAAUUAGAUUCGUCCCUCAUCAAAAUGGAGAGAGAAUGGGUGCGAGAGAGGGAGAGAGAUAGUCGUCUGGAAGCCUCAUCGUUCUUUCUCCUCCUCCAGGGAGCGGGAAGACGACCCUGCUUCAUCGUCUGGUUUGCCACACACAGUCUUCAAACAUUCGAGGGUAUGUCCUCAACCUCGAUCCGGCGGUGAUGACGCUCCCCUUUGGCACCAACAUAGACAUAAGGGACACUGUCCGCUACAAGGACGUGAUGAAGGAGUUCAAGCUUGGCCCCAACGGCGGCAUUCUCACCUCUCUGAAUUUAUUUUCCACAAAAUUUGACGAGGUACAAUCCCUGAAAUUAUUUUUUUUCUGCAAGCCUUGUACCAAUGUUUUGUCCCCUCAUGAUCCCAAACUUCCUCUUUUUUCUAACCAGUGGCUGAUCUCUGAAUUUAUUUUUUUCCGCAAGGUUUUUACAAUGUUUUGUCCCCUCGUGAUCCCAAAUUUCCUCUUUUUCUAACCAAUGUCUGGAUUCAUCUUUUUUGUACAAAGUUUUGUAUUGUCCCAUGUUUCCUUCUUUUGCAUGGUAGAUCUGGAAAUCGUUGUUGACCUACCUACCUGGGUUUCUAGGUCAUAUCGGUGAUCGAGAGGAGGGCGGACCAGCUCGACUAUGUCCUGGUCGACACACCUGGUCAGAUCGAGAUCUUCACGUGGUCGGCAUCAGGGGCGAUAAUCACUGAGGCCUUUGCCUCCACCUUCCCCACAGUCAUCGCCUAUGUGGUCGACACGCCCCGCUCUGCCAACCCCGUCACCUUCAUGAGCAACAUGCUCUACGCCUGCAGCAUCCUCUACAAGACCCGACUCCCCCUCCUCAUUGUCUUCAACAAGGUCGACGUCGCCCGCCAUGAAUUUGCCCUCGAGGUUGGCUCUCUCUCUCUCUCUCCCUCUCUCUCUCUAAUUCUCUGUAUCUCUAUCACUAUCUUUGCUAUUGUUCUUACGAAGAAGGAUUUGAAUGGGGGUAGUGGAUGGAGGAUUUCGAGGCGUUCCAGGCGGCGGUAGAGAUUGAUACAUCCUACACAGCGAGCCUGACAAGGAGCCUCUCACUAGUCCUCGACGAGUUCUACAAGAACAUCCGAUCGGUUGGGGUGUCGGCCGUCUCAGGAGCAGGUGUGCAGGAGUUCUUCGAAGCUGUGGAGACGAGCGCACAAGAAUUCAUGGAGGGUUACAAGUACGUGGAGAGUUUGCUUUUUUGUAUGCGUCUUGAGGUUUCGAUUCAUGGAGAGUUGACUUUUUGUGCUUCUAUUCACGAUGCGUUGACUUUUUUGCAGGGUUGACCUCGACAGGAGGCGGGCGGAGAAGGAGAGGAUGGAGCAGGGGCGGCGGCGGGAGAGCAUGGAGAAGCUGCGAAGUGAUAUGGAGAAAUCAAAGGGGGGGACCGUCGUGCUGAGCACCGGGCUGAAGGGUGCGGACCCCACCAGAGAGGAGGAAGAGGAGGUGGAAGAGAUGGAGGAGGUCAGGUUCUCAGAGGGAGAAGAAGAGGGAGAUGAGGACGCGGACGGAGAGGAUGAAGAGGUCUCCCAUUUUGUUUUCUGA